UUGCCGCGCAAACGCUUCACGAUUGCAUCCUUUUCGAUUUUUGGAACACCUGCGGAUCAAGGUUAGAGGGUUUUUAAGGGAUAUUGGCAUUUUUCGAAGAAGACAGAGUUCUGAUCAUGAUCCUGUUGUCAAAAAAACUUCGUGAUCAGAUAAUUCAUUCAAAAUUUCGGAGAAACUGGAAAAAUGGCGAUUUUUUCGAAUUUUUCAUGGGAUUUUCACAAAAAAACUACUUGUUUUGUAGAUUUUUACCUGCUGAUGACGAUUCUGUUUCUCAAAAGCUACUAAGCUCAGCUUUGAAUAUGAGUUAUGACGUGGAGCGAGUUCACAAGGCUAUAACUACCCCCAAAAAUGGUUAAUUAGCCUUAUGAAACGUCGAACUUUUCCACGUCAUAACUCAUGUUCAGAAAAGUUGUUUUUGACAAUCGGAAUGUUAUCAGAAGGUUGAAAUUUCCGUUCAAGAAGACGGAAAAAUCGCAAAUUAUCAAGGAUUUUCGAACAAAUUUCAAUAGUUUCACAUUGCAGAGGUCCCCCCGAUUCCGGUAGUUUCGGCGCAACGAAGCAGCAGCUCGGACGAGUUGAGAGUUUGGCGGAUAACACGAAGCGGUCUGGUUGAAGUUGCCGCAAAUACAAUGGGCGCAUUUUUGGACAAACCGAAGACGGAGAAGAGCAGCGAAAAUGGCGAGGGAAAUGUGAGCGAAUUAAUCGAAGGGGGAUUAAAGAGGGGCUUUUUGAGCGGGGGAAAAUUGAGAAAAAUUUGAUUUUUUUCAUUAAAGGAAAAUGACGAAAUUAUCAUCAAAGACCUGUGAUUUUCGAAAAAUCUGUUUUCAGGGCAUAAAAUUCGGCGUUUCGUCGAUGCAAGGAUGGAGAAUUGGAAUGGAGGAUGCGCAUAUUACUGAGGUAAAUCAAAUUUGAAAGUUGGCCACGAGAAUUUUGGUGUUGUCAGUGGUUUUUUCGAAGUCUUCAAAUUUCCCGCUAAAAUUUCCACGUGUCAUUUGCGCCAGGAGAUCUGAUUUAAAAUUAGUAUUAUAAACCCAACACCAAACACCAAAAAUUGGUAUUUCGAAAUCCAGGAAAAGAAAAAAUAUUUAUAUGGCGUCAUCUUUUUUCUCACGACCGAAAAAAAUGAGAUGAAAUUUUGUGAUUUAUGACUGAAAGGAACAAAAAUUGCUGACCUGUGAAGAAAAAAUUAAAAAUUUGAAAGGAGUUAUUUUUUGAGCUGCAUCUGGGUCAACUUCAGACUCUUAACACACCUCGGCCAAUGCCAAUCCGUUGUAGGCUAGAAGAAAAAAUUUGAAAAAUAUAUAAAUUUCAGCUUCUCAGAGGUCCAAAAACUGAAAAUUCACGGUAAUCACACUCUUUAUGUAGCGAAUUUUCUGAAAUGAUCAAAAAUUCCCAUUUUCUCUACCGAAAAUACUGAAAACAUCCCCAAUUUUCCAGACAAAAAUGGCCGAACACGCGCCGUUCGAUUCCUGGUCAUUUUUCGCCGUCUUCGACGGACACGCCGGUUCACAAAUCGCCGAACAAGCCUCAAAACAGAUUGUGAAAAAUCUGCUGGCCACCGAACAAUUCACCGAGCUCACCAAAUUGAUGGAAGACGCGAAUUGUGGCGGAGAGCUGACGCCGAAAGCGCUGGAAUUAAUCGAGCACGGAUUGGUGAAGGGAUUUAUGGCAUUUGAUGAGAGCAGCAAAUCGGAUGAUAGUGUGGUAUGGAGGAUUUGCGGGAGAGAUGGGAUUUGUGGGAAAUUGAGAUUUUUGAUAUAAAGAUGAUAAGAAUGAGUGGAAAAAGCUUGAAAGCCAUGAAUUUUGACCAAAUUAUAUAGAAAAGGUCGCAUUUCGAUUUUAAAAAAGUCCUGAAUUCAAAAAAUGGCUGAAAAUUAUUCAAUUUUUAAAAACUUCGGAAUUCUUGAGCUUAAAAAAAUGACGAUUUUCAGAGUAAAAUUUUCGCGUUUUUUUGGCCAAGAAGAAAGACUAAAACCUGUCUGAAAAUCCCAUGUUUGUUCAAAAUUGACCUGAAAAUUCCUAAUUUUAGUGCUGAAAAUUUGUCCGAAAAUCUCACAUGCUUAACUUUGUCAGAAACUGAAAAAAUUCCAUUUUUUCAAAAAAUUGUUCACCGUUGAGCAUUUUUUUUGUUAAACCCAAGUAAUUAAAAUUCCUCAAAUUUUUAACCCUAAUUAUCACUCUACCUGUCAAAUGACCACUUAGUUUUAUCUAAAAAGUUCAAAAACCCUUUUGUCAUCAUUUUUUUUCAUUUGGUAGAAAAUUGUUAUGAAAUAAGUAUGGUUUUUGAUAAUUAUUAUUUGUAUUUUCUCCACUCGAGAAACAACAAAAAAGUUUUUUUUUCUGGUUUCGAAAUAUUUUUUUUUGUUUGCUGAAACAUGAAAAUGAUGAAUCAUGGCUGAAAAUGAGGGGAAAAUUGACAAAAAACCGGCCCGGAAAUUGAAUGAGGAAUGCGAAAAUUGGGAAUUUUUGACGCCGAAGUUCGAGAAGUAGGAAAUUUUUAGUGUCAUUUUUGACUGCCUCAAAAAUUGGAAAGUUAGGAGAAAUAUGUAUUUUGACGCCUUGACAAAUUUACUUUGAUAAUAAGCUUUUAAAAAUUACCCAAAAAUUAAUUUAACCCUAAAAGUUAGCGUAAAAUCACUAGGAAAAUUACCCUAGAAUUUGCUCAAAAUCCCUUAUUUUUUCCAGAACAAAAGUGGUUGCACAGCAGUAUGUGCCAUCGUCACACCAUCUCACAUAAUAAUCGGAAACCUCGGUGAUUCACGUGCCAUGAUUGCACAAAAACAAUCGGCUGUGUUUGGCACACAGGAUCAUAAACCAUAUUUGGAAAAGGAGAAAAAACGUAUAGAAGAGGCUGGUGGAAGUGUUUUGGUGCAACGAAUUAAUGGAAGUUUGGCGGUUAGCAGGUGAGCGUUUUGGGCCAAAAUCCAUUAGAAUUUGACCUGAAGAAAAUAGGUUUCAAAAAAUUAAUGUCAUAGUUUUUGGUUUUGAAAAUUUUGAUUCGUUAUCCUCAAAUGGUGUUAUGAAUGUAAAAAUCAAAUAAAUUUGAAAAAUUCACCCGAUUUUUGCAGAGCAUUUGGCGACUACGACUACAAAAAUCAUCCACUUUUAUCAGCCGAAAAACAAUUGGUGUCAGCCGAACCCGAUGUGUAUGUUCGAGAGCGAAAUCACGAAUCGGACGAGUUUUUGAUAUUGGCUUGCGAUGGAAUAUUCGAUGUGAUUGAUAAUCAUGAAUUGGCACAAUUUGUGAGAGGAAGAUUGAAUGUACAUACGAAUUUGGAACAGGUUCGAAUUUUUUGGGGGGAAUGAACGAAGAUUUUUGAACCGAGAAAUUCGAAAAACUUUUCUGAAAAUCUGAAUUUUCUAGUUUUUUUUUGAGAUUUUUAUUGAUUUUUUAAAACUGAGAUUUCGAAAACUGAAAAUUUGUAAAGUCCACGUUGCAAAAUGUGAAUUUCAAAAAAUAUCUUUUUAAAUUCAAAUUUUCAGUAGAAAUCUGAAAUUUAACCUGGAUUUUCCGAGAAAAAAAAAUUGAAUUUUGAAUUCUAAAGUUCAGAAAAAAAUUGAAUUUUGAAUUCUAAAAUUCUGAAAAAAAAAUUGAAUUUUAAAUUCUAAAUAAAUCCUCAUUUCUGAAAAAAUUUUUUCCAGGUCUGCGAUGAUGUUUUGGACGAAUGUUUGACGAAAGGAAGUCGUGACAAUAUGACAAUGAUUGUUGUGUUAUUUCCCUCUGCUCCAUCAAUUGAUCCAGUUCGACAAGCUAUCGAAACACAAUGGGUUGAAGAGGUUAAAAAGGUUAUACAUGGUGAGUUGGUUUUGGGUGGGAUAUUUGGAACUGAAAAUCAUAAAAAAAAGGUUUGAAACAUAAGAAUUUUUGAAAAUUUCCAGCUAGAAAUUGGGAAAAUUAAUUAUUUUGAGCCAAAAAAUUUAGCUUAAAAAUUAUUUUAUCUAUCAAAAAUUAUCGAGGUUGAACUGUAAUUGUUCCAUAUUCCCUCCAAAUCCCCAUAUUUCUCCAGAAAUCGCUGAAGAAACCACCGCCGCCGAAGAUUAUCAUCCAGAAGAUCAAGUAAAUGUGAAAAGUAUCGCCGAUCGAAUCGAGAUCAGCGGAAAAACGCCGAUUCCAAACGGUGUGCCAACUCACACCAUCUACACCCUAAUUGCUCAGGUUUUGACAAGUAGACAAAUUAAGCACAUUUAG